UUUUUUGGAGGUGCGGGGGUGGGGGGGCAGAGGAGGGGUCUGCCUGAAUUAUCCGGGGUAGAAUGCAGGUUCUCCCUGGCACUGACUCUCAGAGUAUUGCAAUGCUGACUUCUCCUUCUCAAAGCUCUUUGGCUCCACUGAUGUCUGUGGUAGUUGGGACACAGGUUGCCUCUUGGCCUGUGCCAGAAUUGCUUUCUUCCUCCCCUUGUAUUUAUCACUUUGUCAUCCCUGACUCUGAAUCCCAGAGAUCAAGACUAGCUGUAGUCCAGCAAAGGAGCAAUAAAUCAUCAUUCCCACUUCCUUUUCUCCAGGUUUUCUGCUACUUAAUUACCACACAACCACUGCUGAGGCUGCAUCUUUGUUCUGUGUGUGCUGGGGACAAAAGCCCUCAUUGAUUGGAUGUGUACAAAAGCUGCUUUGUCUCUCUCCAGCCAUUAUGUUUUGCUGUUUUGCCCAGUGCCACGUGCUCUAUCCAUCCUUUUCUCUUGUCUCCUGUGAGUUUUUAGAAUCUGAUUGUCAGGUGAUUUAUCCAUUAACAGGGCUUGUCUAAGCUCUGGGAGUAGUGGGUAGAGUGGGCAGCCCUUAACUCGCCAAGAUGAUCUUCAUUAAAUAGAGAGGUUUGGUAUGGGUUAGUCAUUUUUUAUAUGGAUUUUAGCUAGUCCCCUUCAUUCUCUGAACUCCUGGUAGGAGUUAAGCAGGUCUUGUGAUCCAGAAUGGGCUCCUAUGGAGCUUUUUUGGGGUCUAGUCCAACAGAUUGCUUGUUAACAGAUAACAUCAAAAGGGCCAACUGCCUAUCAUUUGCCUUUCCAUUAUGAAACCUCAGAGAACUUGAGUCAGUGCAAGGGUGAAGAGUUCAUAAAUGAGGAUGCCUAUGACCUUCAUCUCUAGCAAGGCUUUUUUGCUGUUUGAGGGGAAGAUUCAGGCUUUAGAAACAACGUAGACAGGCCCUUGUACUUUUCCUUGCCUGCUGUUCCUUUACUGUACCUGUGAUUUCAGAGGUUGAGAAUAAGGAGUGUUGUGUGGCAGGCAGCAAGUAUCUGGAGAGUCUUACUCCUACUCGUCAUUCCCUGCUGUUUCAAAUCAAAGCUCACAUCUCUUCUCGAAGGGUAGUAAACUUCACACAAAGCUCAGACAGUGUGGGAGAAUGGACUUCUUUGCUGGCAAAGAAGCAGAUAUGGUCUUAGAAAAGGAGAGGUCAAGCCUUUUUUUGUGUCUGUGGGAGUAGAGAGGAUUGAGGGGGAGAAGACAGAAGGACCACCAAUUGCUUUCAGCUGCUGAACCCCUUCUUCAUAGUUUCCCCUCAAGUAGGGAAGGUAGGUACAGUGGCAAUAGGCAUGAUGGGCACAGAAGUAGGAUUUACUUCAUGGUUGUGGGUGAAAGAGAACAAGGCAACUGAUGAUUUGUUUUAUGCCUAAUAUUUAUUUGCAAAAAUGUCUUUAUACCUACAGUGUUAAUAUAGGGACUUGGCAGUCAGUCUUUUAACUGAGGUUGCUUGGGUUUUAAUCCUCAUUAAGCAUACCAGGGAGAAAGGGGACCUUUUUGGUAAGUGUUGUCAUGGUUGAGAGAGGAAAGAGUAAGCUGCACUUUUGUUUGAACAGUUAAGGGCUUUUUUUCUCUUCAUGAGCUCUGUUCCCAUCCAGAGCUGAAGUCCAAUAUAGUUGGAACAUCUGGUGACCAGUUAGAAUUGAAGGCUGUCCCCCUUAGCCAUGAUGUUUGAAACAAAUGCAUGGUUAAAACAGUGAAAUGACAUGCCAGCAGCCUAGGAUGAGAGGGGAUGCUCAUUUUGACCUCUAAAUUGAGCAAAUUUGGUGGGGAAAUCACUGCGUGGGAGUAAAUUUGUAACACUAAUAAGAGAUCCUUAAAAAAAAACCUAACACAACAUUUGUUUAUUUAUUUUAGAGAGGAGGGAGAGAGCAGAGGGAGAGAAUCUCAAGCAGACUCCCCACUGAGCACAGAACUGGAUGUGUGAGAUCAUGACAAAAGCCAAAACCAAGAAUCAGAAGCUUAGCUGUCUGAGCCACCCAGGAACCCCUAAGAUGUCCUUUUUGUAGUCAUAUUUCCAAGCUUAAUUGCUAUUUAAGAAGUGGCACAGAGAGGUCGGACUGUGGGUCUCCCAUGCAGCAGCUGGAGUCAUGGCAGGACAGGCGUUUAGAAAGUUUCUUCCCGUCUUUGACCAAGUUUUAGUUGAAAGGAGAGCUGCCAAAAUUGUAACCAGAGGAGGCAUAAUGCUUCCAGAAAAAUCUCAAGGAAUAGUAUUGCAAGCAACAGUAGUAGCUGUUAGAUUGGGCUCUAAAGGCAGGGGCAGAGUGGUUCAACCACUUAGCGUGAAAGUUCAAGAUCAAGUUCUUCUCUCAGAGUAUGGAAGGAUCAAAGUAGUUCUAGAUGAUAAAGAUUAUUUCUUAUUUAGAGAUGGUGACAUUCUCGGAAAGUAUGUAGACUGAAAGAAAUCAUUAUUGAAAUGGCAUUAAGUGAAGCUGUGAAAUCUUUCGUCAUGUAAUUUUUGUGUCUCUCUUUUAUGAUAAACUAAUGGUAUCCAAAAAAAAAAAAAAUGGCACAAAGAAGUAGAUUUUUAAAAACCUUCUGUGGACAGAUAAACAGAUACAUGCUUGGGAAGGUCAGUGCUUGCUUUAGAUAUAUCUACCUUACCUGCUUUUAAAAAGUUCUUGGUAGGUGUGACUUACUUGUUCUAGCCCUAUUUGGGUUCCUUAGAUCUAAGUCUGUUUUCAUUGCUUUCAUUUAACUUUAUUGAUUAUUCUUUGAAUAUCUGAUUGAUGUCUUCUU